AUGUGUCUGUGUUCGAAUGAAAUCAUCUCCAGCGAAACAAAUGUCAAACAAUUUAUAAAGAGAAAAGUAGAAACAUUUUUCAAUAUUUUUCUAAAGUUUAUUUAUUAAAUCAAAAAUGCCUGUGUAUGAGAUAGCGCCAGUAGUUUUUGAUAUCGGUUCCGCAUAUACAAAAUUGGGAUUUGUAGCUGAACCGCAUCCACGCUCAAUAGUUCCGACCCAAAUCAUAUCGGGAACAUCGCCAACAACAUCAAAACCACUUUUUGAGUAUAAAAAUCAGCUUCAGCUGUACGACCAAGUUGUUGAUUUUGUGCAAACAUUGUUCUUCAAACAUUUAUUAGUCAAUCCAAAAGAGCGAAAGGUGGUAAUCGUUGAAAGUGUUCUAUGUCCGACGGAGAUUCGUGAAGUGUUUGCCAAAGUGCUAUUCCGACACUUUGACAUAUCAUCCAUACUAUUUGUAACAUCGCAUUUGGUGGCAUUGUCAACAUUGGCUAUCGAAACUGGGCUAGUGGUUGACAUUGGUCACAAGGAAGCAACAGUUAUCCCGGUAUACAGCGGAGUACAAGUACUUUUUGCUUGGCAGGCCCAACCAUUGGCCGCCGAAGCUGUUCAUACCGAAAUCAAGAGACAAUUGAUCGAGAAUGGCGUAUCGAGUGAGCUACUCACCGAUGACAUUAUCGAAGAGAUAAAAGUUCGCACAUGUUUUGUAACCACAUACGAAAGAUCACAAAAAUACAAAAACAAUGAAGAAGUUAGCCCACCACCCGACGUCAGCUAUCCAAUUCAAGGCAAAGAAACAAUUACCAUUCCCGGUAAAUUGAGAGAAACUGCAUAUGAAGUCUUGUUCCCAGAGGAUAACGAUCGUUUGGGUUUACCGUAUAUUAUUUUGGAUGCGAUUGCGGCUUGUUCGCUUGACAUGCGAAAAACUUUGUUGGAAAAUUUGGUAAUUUUAGGUGGAACAGCAAUGGCACAAGGCCUGACAGCACGUUUGAAAGAUGAAUUAAUUACACUUUUGAAAACUGGUGUGUACAAAGAAAAAUUACACACGACCACUGUGAAAUUCCAUCGUCUACCGGCCAAGGAAAAUUUUGCAGCUUGGUUGGGCGGUUCCAUUUACGGUGGCACUGAAAUGCUGAAGGCAAAGGGGCUAGCCAAAGAAACGUACAUGAAAUUGAAUCGUGUUCCGGACUGGAUAAAUUUAGACGAUAAUAGACCAUGGGGCAAUUGAUCAGUAUAUAAUUUAUUCCAUACACACAUAUUUUAUAACAUAGUUAUUUUGAGAUAAAAUUGAGUUACAUGUUUAGCUUAAGUUUAUUGAAUUAUCA